UCAGCCUUGCCAUAUCUGAGCCCGCCUCCCUGGUUUAUUUAGCAGAUUCCCGAAGUUUAGCUGAACUGCAAGAAAAUACUUCUAAAACAAAAAUAAUAUGAAGUUUAUUUUAAACAGACAUUAAAUAUUAGCAAUGUCGCUGCUGCCUGGAGCAUUUGCAGAUGGAAACGGAACAUAUUAAGACACGACCCUUGUGUUUCUCAUCUUUUGGUGGGCUUCAGCAGAAGACGGCAGUGAGGAAAAAAGGCUCGACCGAAAGAAAAGAAGACCUGGCGUUAUGUCUGUUCGACUGUUGCUGCUGCUGGUUUUUUGUCUGGAGGUGUUCAGGUGUGAGCUAUCCGGAGAAAAGGGUGGCUCGAUCAUCAGCGCUGCUAAAACGUUGGUGUGGGGACCAGGGCUGGAGGCGGACAUCGUCCUCCCUGCUCGAUUCUUUUACAUUCAGGCGGUGGACAGCUCAGGGAAAAAUUUAACAACAUCGCCUGGAGAGAAGACGUUUGAGGUAAAGAUGGUCUCCCCAACAGAGCAGUUCACCAGGAUCUGGAUUCAAGUUCUUGAUCGUCGGGAUGGGUCGUUCUUGGUUCGCUACAGGAUGUACGCCACCUAUACUGACCUGCRCAUCCAUGUUCUGCUGAAAGCCAAGCAUGUUGCCAAGUCACCCUAUAUUCUCCAAGGUAGAGUGUACCACGAAGGUUGUGACUGUCCCCAGCCAAGUGGUUUUGUAUGGGAGAAAAACAUGCGCUGUCCUGAGUCCUUCGCCCAGAUAAGCAGGGAUCUCUCCCUUUAUGCGAGUGUCGAUCCAGAUCAGAACUCACAGGAGAUCCCAAAGCGCUUUGGGCAGCGCCAAAGCCUCUGUCAUUACACAAUUAAAGAAAACAAGGUGUAUGUGAAAACAUUUGGAGARCAUGUCGGCUUUAGAAUCUUCAUGGAUGCCAUCUUACUCUCACUUACAAGAAAGGUUCGACUCCCUGAUGUUGAGUUCUUUGUAAAUCUGGGUGACUGGCCCCUGGAGAAGAGGAAACCCACCGAUAAGCUCCAUCCUAUCUUUUCUUGGUGUGGCUCAAACAACACCAGAGAUAUCGUCAUGCCCACUUACGACCUGACUGAGUCGGUUCUAGAGAGCAUGGGAAGAGUGAGCCUGGACAUGAUGUCGGUCCAGGCCAACACCGGGCCGCCGUGGCCGGAGAAGAACGCCACGGCCUUCUGGAGGGGCCGGGACAGCCGCCAGGAGCGCCUACAGCUGGUCAAGCUGUCUAGAGCUCGCCCCGACUUUAUAGAUGCUGCUUUCACGAACUUCUUCUUCUUCAAACAUGAUGAGAGCCUCUACGGCCCGCUGGUCAAACACGUCUCUUUCUUUGAUUUCUUCAAGUAUAAGUAUCAGAUAAACGUUGAUGGGACAGUAGCAGCCUACCGUCUGCCGUACCUGCUGGCAGGAGACAGUGUSGUCUUAAAGCAGGAUUCCAGCUACUACGAGCAUUUCUACAACGAGCUGCGGCCGUGGGAGCAUUACAUCCCGAUAAAAGCAAAUCUGGGUGACCUGCUGGARAAGAUCAAGUGGGCCCGAGACCACGAUGACGAGGCAAGGAAAAUUGCCCUUGCAGGUCAGCAGUUUGCCCGCAGUCAUUUAAUGGGAGAUAGUAUAUUCUGUUACUACUACAAGCUUUUCAAGGAGUAUUCCAGGCUGCAGAUCACAGAGCCUAAGRUUCGGGAGGGCAUGGAGUUUGUAGAGCAACCUAAAGAUGACUUGUUUCCAUGUUCCUGCGACCGGACAGUGGCAAAAGAUGAACUUUGAUCUUGCACCAUAGGAAGAGCAAUGGAUCAUAUCUGAAAUUGCCAAGAAAUCUUUUCAAGUUACGAUUUAUUUGUUUAUUAUGAGAUGAAUGUCACUUUUUAUAUAAUUAAAAUUCUUCUUUUUUA